CUCGUAGACGGAAGAGGGGCAGGAACCCUAACUUGGAAAUUCCCCAACAAGUCGGAGGCGGAUUCGAUCGGGAUCUCUCUUUCUGAUCCAUAAAUAAACGUGCAAUCAGGAAGAGGGAGGUAGAGGAUCCGCAAGAAGUCGAAACCAGGCAUGACGGCGGCGCUUCGGUACGCGGCGAAGAGGCUCGGCGGCGGUGUGCUCCAGCGGUCCAAAACGGCAAUCGUGUCGGAGGAGGGGCGGCGGUUGCCCACAAGACUCUUCCACACCCCUACCAAGGCCACCGCAGUGGAUGAAACCAACACCGUGGUGAGUCGCUUGUCCCAUAUCCAGGAGAAGAAAGAGGAGUUGUACAAUCUCGUCGCCGAUUUCGAAAGAACUUACAAGGCUCCCUUCAGUAUAUCAUGGCAAAACAGUAGGCUGCUGCAUCAACUGUCUACACAAGUCGAGCCAAGACCCAGCGAUCCUUAUUGGCGCAUGUGCCGAAGAGUGCAAAGAAAAACUAGUUUCUUUAUCGCGGCAGGUAUAUGUUCCGCGGGGCUUUCUACUGGAGCUGCCAUGGCCUAUGGUCUGCAUUGGUUGAAGAAGAAUUAUUCCAAGGAUUUGGAGGAUUGGUGGAACAAACAAAUGCGGCGCACUGGAGCGAAAUAACCAUGCUUGUCAGCAAUAUUAUAUUUCAACUCUUAGUAGUAGUUACAAAAUGUGAGGCGUAUGCCACAAAAGGUAUACCACUGAAUUUAUAUUCAUGGUAUAACCUUUGUGACAUAUAAUAUCUUGUUGACCAAAUUAGUGGCCAAAGUUUUUCUUAAUAGACCUGCAAGCUUUAUAAACCGGAUUCGACUGAGUAGUAGUAGUUAGUAGUAGUAGUAUGUUAGCAUGAUCUAUCUUUGAUCGCUUCGAGUGAGUUUAUAUCUUUGUGAUCAGUCAAGACUUGUGAGGUUAUUAUUAUUAUUACUACUACUAGUUGUGUGCUUGGAAAA